CCCUUAACUGUUUUUUCUGCUGCAUCUACACUCUGUGAUCAAUCCUGAAAUCAGUUUUGCGAUUGCUUCAAAUUGUUUUUGAGAUUAGUUUUGAGGACUUGUGUUGGUUGUGCUUUUUCUUAAAACGAAAAUUUUUAUUAGUUUAGUUUAGUUUAGUUUGAUUUGAUUUGAUUUGCUUUUACACUUCACUUUUUUCCAAUGUCAGCAUACACUUUGCCUCCAAUUUCUUCUAUCAGUGGGCUCUCAAACAACUCAAAAAUUGAAUUGCUAAAUCAUUUAUUCGAGCCCUGUGAAGUUCUUCAGAAAAUUUUACUAACCAACGUUCUUGGUAGCGAAAAUGCCAAAUUUUACUCAACGUAUAAACAGUUUAUUGAGGUUUCGAGAAAGGAAUUAUUAGAGUAUUUAAAACUAGAAAAGAGUUCUCCCCAAUAUGAUGAAAAUAUUUCUAAAAUUAUAUCUGCUCAUCCAAGAUUAGGCGCUAAUAAAUCAAAGAUUGGAAAUUUAUCCAUUCAUUCUCAAAAAGAACAACAAAGUUUAUUACAAGCUUCAAGGGAGGAAUCAGAAAAACUAAGUGACUUGAAUAAUUUGUACGAGUCGAAAUUUCCUGGUUUGAGAUAUGUUGUGUUUGUUAAUGGAAGAUCUAGAGAAGUUAUAAUGGCAAAUAUGGUUGAGAGAAUCCGUAGAAACAAUAUUGGAUUAGAGAAAGUUGACUCAAUUAAUGCAAUGUGUGAUAUUGCUUUGGAUAGAGCCAAAAAGUUAGGUGCAAAGCUAUAAGUUGGGAGUUACAGGUUAGAAAAAAAAUAAAAAAAUAAAAAAAUUAAAAAUUAUAAGAUAUAUAUUAAAUGGAUAUAGGGUAUAGAGAAA